AUGGGCCAGCAAGCGUCCGCUCCCCAACCGGGGACACACAUCCAAGUCAUCGGCGCCGGACUCUCGCGCACGGGAACCGCCUCCUUCAGCGCCGCCCUGGAGAUCCUUCUGGGCGGUCCCAUCUACCACGGUGGUACCCAGACGCUGAUGGGCCCGCCCACGGAGAUCAUCUCGUGGAAGCAGAUCCUCCAGAAAUGGCUGUCGGGCGACCACGCCACCACGCUUGCCCUCCUCCAGACCCGCACCGCGGGCUACGCCGCCAUCACCGAUGCGCCCGCGUCGCAGCUCGUCCCCGAACUCCUCGAGCUCUACCCGGACAGCAAAGUCAUCUGUACGGUCCGCGACCCGGACGCGUGGGUGCGGAGCAUCCAGCAAGUCAGCUCGAUCGUGCGCCUGUGGUUCCUGGGCGCCGUGCUGCUCCCGCUCCCGGGGAUGCGGCACUUCAUGGGCUACAACUGGCUGCUGCAGGCGCAGUGGGACCGGAUCUAUCGCUCGCGGGACGUCGCCUGGAUCUAUCAGCUGCACCUGCAGUGGCUGCGCGAGGUCGUGCCGCCCGAUCGCCUCGUGUUGUACGAUGUCCGCGAGGGCUGGGAGCCCCUCUGCCGCGCGCUGGGCAAGGAGGUGCCCGAUGUUCCCUUCCCCCGAAUCAACGACGCCCAGGCGGUGGAUCGCAUCGCCGAGUACUACAUCCGCAGGGGGCUGAUGCGGUGGGCCGGCAUCCUGUUGGCUAUGGUUGGGCUGGGGGGUUGUUGGUUGCUGAGAAAGUAG